AUGGAAGAAGGGGAGUUGCUCUUAGAAAAGAGUGUUAAAUUGGCCAUGGAAGCUCGUGAUAGUUUUUGGGAUUCCAUGAAGAGUAUCCCUGGACAUAAUUACAAUCGGGCUUUGGUUGCAGCAUCCAUUGGAAGCUAUGGUGCUUAUCUGCUGAUGGCUCAGAGUACAGAUUGCAGAUUCUUGUUGAUGCAAGCCCAGAUUUGCUUGAAUUUGAGACUAUUCCCAAUAAACUUGAAGCCCAGCUCCGUAGAUGGCGAGAAUGCACCGUCGGGAGAGAGCUUCAAGAAGUGCCUUCAUGCCAUUAAUAAAAGUGACAAAGUAACUGCAGUUGGCAUAAACUGUACACCUCCUCACUUUAUUGAAGCUCUGAUUUGUAAGCUCAAAGAGUUAACCAACAAGCACAUAGUUGUCUAUCCCAAUAGUGGCGAGGUAUGGGAUGGCAGAGCCAAGAAAUGGCUGCCAUCAAAUUGUUUUGUUGAUGACAAAUUUGAAUCAUUUAGUUCAAGAUGGCGUGAUUUGGGAGCAAAAUUCAUUGGAGGCUGUUGUCGUACGACACCGUCUACCAUCCUAGCUAUAUCAAAGGUUUGGAAAGAAAGCUCCCAUUAG